CUUCGAAAUAUUAUAAUUUUCAUUUCUUUCACAUUAUUGAGCAAUGAAGGUUUUGUUGGUCCAACUUUAUUUGCGCUACCUAACUCCGAUAUCACAUUAACCAUUUUCUUUACCGCAACUGUGCACUUAAAAUGCAGAAGCCGCUUUGCUUCCUUCAGUUUCUUUUGAACAGAAACGCAGUAUGGUGGUAUUCCGAUAUUGUGGCGGAAGCACUACUAGUCACAUGGUUAGCCAGCCAAGUCUGCAUUUAUACAUCAGCACGUUUCUUCCCGCAAUGGCAUUCCACUCGUGCCGAUCCGGAUGCAAAAGUCAUGGAUAUGGCGCAGUCAUUGCUGGGAUAUGAAACGGAUGGGUGUUUUUGGGAUCUGAUUUGUUCGUAUUGGACCGAGCUAGAUAUACCUGUGUGCCGCAAUGAAUCGUUCGUGCCACUUCCACCCUCCCAUGCUGACAGCAGCAUUGGCUUCAUUGGUGUUUGCACCGCACUGUCGACCACAGGCAUUUUAAUUCUAUCCUUGGUGUGCUUUGCAUUUGUCAACCGCUACUGGCUGCCCCCACGGGCGGACAACAAGCAUGUGGUGUGGUUUCAUAAGUUUAUACCAAUUUGGCCGGCCCUUAACAAAUCUUCUGCAGUCACCGGCUCCGUACCCAACAAACCUCCACCGCGAGGAGCUGUUGUUUUUUGCUCACUCAUUACAGCGAUGAUGGCAGGUUGCGCUGGAUUCUACUUUGGGAAACUGGUCGCACUUACGCCGGUGAUGCUUGUUGCCACCAUUGCCCGCUUAUUAGUUAAUCAAUACGGUGAAAGCGUGGCGCUUCCAUGCUACAUCGUAUUCACUACCAUCACAUCCCUGUACUGCACCGGGAGAAUCUGGGGCAUGUGGAUGCAAAUGUCAUAUAUCGGGUGGAUUGUGGACAAAUUACGAAAGCUCGGCAUUCGGAUCAUUGUGGACGAUCCAGUUAAUGAUGAGUCAGCGCAAGCAAAAAGCGGCCCCAGUGCCAACGCCACUCAGCAGGGAAAGACAAUGCCGUCGUCCCGAAUACAUUCCUUUAUGAGCGCGGCGCUCCUCUAUUUUGGAUCGUGUGGCAUGGUCUUGAACAUGAUUGCCAUCAUAGGCACGGCAUUCCCCAUGGUGCUUCCAGGGUCCGUUCCUAGCACAUACUCUGUGAAUGAAUCUGCGAACAAAACGGUGUUGAACUACCAAGCGGCGAAAUUAUCGUACUGGAUGGAUGUACGCACCUUUCUGAACGGUACCGACCCAGCGGAUUACGGUAUCGCGGAUGUACCAGCAGCUACCGGCAUACUGUUUUCAGUAUGGACCGGAACACUCACAGUUGUUAAUCUUAUCCCGUACACAGCGGCGGCAAUCUACGUAAUUUGCCUGUACGUCAGUUGCUUCUGUCAAUCAUGUUCUAAGAACUCUGCAGCGAGAAGCACCACGUCUGCCUCGGUGAGCACUGGCGAUGACGAAGAAUGCUGUUGCGAGCCGUUAAUCAGCGGCAUGAAUUACGCAGGAUUCAUGCUGGUCCUGGUCGCCCUUCUCACGAUUCUACCGCAGUCCAUCAUGGAAUUCUUCCUACCAGAAAGAUAUCAGUUUCCGGGUACCUUGUUACUGCUGAGCGUCUUGACCGUAUGGUUGUACUAUCAGUUCAUACGGUCCGUUCGAAAAUGCUGUACCACCCAGAACGAUGCCAAAAGGAGCGAAGUACAAUCCGAUGAUGUCGAGGCCUGUCUAAGUCUUACCACCGAACACUGACGACUACUUAACUCGUAAAACAUGACAACAAUUGUCAUAAUGCAUUUUUUGUGUACUAGUGUUAUAUCAAACAUGAGUAAUUUUGUGCGCUAAUUUUCGUGCUGUCAGUAUUCAGUUUCUUCACCGAACUGUGUACUACGUAUUAUGAACUGUAGUUUUUAGCCGAGCUAUUUCUGUUUUACGGCGAAAUCGAACUGCUUCCCUUCGUUCCAUGUCAUGCAUCGCCGGCUUAUCAGAAGCAGCGAAAUUUCCAUCUACCAGAUCUUCAAUCUUUCAGAUUCUUUUGUUGCCAGAUUUCGUCGCCUGAGCUGCAUGCUUUUUCCUUUUGCCCCGCAGCUUCAACUGCGGUGGCCUUUGAUGUGUUGUAUAAGAGAGGGGGAUAUA